UGCAGGUCGACGGUCAAUUCGUUGCUAAGCGAUGUCGGAAGCUUUCAACCUUUUUAAUUUUGUGUAGCGUUGGUGGUUAUUCUUUUGGAUAACGCUAAAGAAGAGAAGAGCGGAACAGGACAGCCCGACCCUGACGACCGAUGACAGAAAGUGACGGAGGUCAAGUUCUUACCUCAGUGAAGCAGCACUAACAAUACUGGGAUAAGUAAGCUUCAAUGCCACUGAAUGCAAAUUGUUUUAAAAUCAUGGACCAUGAGACUAUAAUUCAGGAAGCCCUGGACUUGUUUUGCAACAGCCCGGAACAAACAUAUGAAGAAUUUCUUAAUUCAUUUACUUAUCUAUCUAUAGGAAAGGAUCUAAAGGACAGAGGAGCCAUAGAAAUAAUGUCUGAUGACAAAAUGAAAGGCAGAGCUGAAGGAUCUCUUGUUACAAUUAGCUCAGCACAUGAGGUGUCAGAGAGCCAACCCGACUGUGAUGAGUUUUUACUUGAUUCUGGAGUCCAUACUGGAUGUCUUUCAAAUGGAGAUUUGAUCAUGGCUGAAAAUGUUAAGGUGGACAACUACGUAGAUCCAGAUGACGGUGGCAGUGAUGAUGGAGAUGAUUUUGUCUUGCAAGCAGGUCAUAUGCUACUGCCAGGAGAAGUAGAAGGUGAACGACAACCAUACCUGCCUUCAUUUGUACACCAUACCCAACUUGAGAUUUGUACAUUAGACUCUGAGCACAAGCAGGCAGCAUCAUCCACAGAGGUAUCCUACGUAUGCAGACCUAACCCUCCUCUCCUCAACUCCCAUCGAAAACAUAUUUGUACUGUACAGUACACAAGAAAGUGCUUUUAAAAGUUAAUAUUUGUAUUUUUUUGUUAUAGAUUUCUAGUGAGUUUUAACAACAAACAACUGAAAAGUUAUUUUUUAUCCCCAUUGUUUUCCAUCAGCUGAUCUCAGUACAAUAGAGUACCUUGCCGCUAGCAAACAAGCUUACGUGAUUGUCUUCAAAUGCACUUCUGGCCGCCUUAAUAUUGAUGCCAUGUAAGUGUUCAUAGUGAAGAUUCAUGAAAGGUUUUGAAAUGAGGACAAAAAAGUACUUCCAGCACACGUAAACUGGAGUUGGCAUCAGAAUAAAACCCCUCGCUAAACCUGUGGUACUCCUAAUGUGAUGGUCAUAUCUGAAAAUCAUACAUUAGAGUCAUUUAGGACAAGUCAAUGACAGCAAACUGUUCACAAGAUGUGACCG